AUGUAUGAAAAACAACAUCAUUGGGUAAAGGCAUACCUAAAGGAUACAUUUUUUGCAGGAAUGAAGUCUUCUCAAAGAAGUGAAAGUAUGAAUUCAUUUUUUGAUGGUUAUGUCAAUAGCAAUACUCCGUUGUCUGACUUUGUUGAUCAAUAUGAAAAGGCAAUUGCUAGCCGUCGCGAUACAGAAGAGAAAGAGGAUUUGAUAUCAAUGACAACCACCCCUGAUUUGACAAAUAUGCAUAGCUUGGAGGCUCAUGCUGGAAAAGUUUAUUCUCGGAAUAUAUUCAAAUUAUUUCAGAAUGAAUUUAUGCAGAUUUUGCAUUGCCAGCUGUUCGCAAAAAUCUACACGCAAGCGCACGUGAUCAUAAGUAAUAUAUUUGUUCGUUCCCACAGAGACUGGUGA